AUGCCACCGUCUGAGGGAUACCGAUACUGCCUAACUAUGGUAGACCGAUACUCUCGCUGGCCAGAAGCUGUUCCCCUGCAGGAUCAAGAAGUUGCAACUGUCGCACGUGCUCUCUACGACGGAUGGAUAUCUCGGUUCGGCACGCCGUUGAGAAUAACCACGGAUCAAGGCAGACAAUUCGAGUCGUAUCUUUUCAAGCAAUUAAAUCACUUGUUAGGUACGACUCACCUGAGAACAACCGCAUACCAUCCUUCAGCCAACGGCAUGGUUGAACGGUUGCACCGUCAACUAAAAGCAGCAAUCAUGUGCCAACAACAAUGCCGAUGGACACAGAGCCUUCCCACCGUCUUGCUGGGCAUCCGCUCAGCUUGGAAAGAGGACCUGCAAGCCACGGCAGCCGACAUGGUCUACGGACAGUCGUUACGCCUCCCGGGCGAGUUCUUAGGAUCUUUCCACCGCGAAAACGCAGCGGACAAUGUGUCAGAUUUCAUCAAGGAGCUACGCCAACAUCUGAGGGAAUUGAGACCGACGAAGAUAUCUCGCCACGGUACGGGGAAGACAUUCAUUUUCAAGGACCUUGCUACCUCGGAGGAAGUCUUUGUACGCCAUGAUGGUCUCAAACAGCCUCUGCAACAGCCGUAUGACGGCCCGUACAAAGUCAUCAAAAGGGCAGAAAAGACGUUCGUGGUUCGUAUGAACGGCCGGGACGUUACGGUUUCCAUCAACCGCCUUAAACCAGCGUACAUCAUGGCCAAUGAUCCAGUCGUCUCUCAGGAUGGCAACAACGAGGAGGACGUUCCAGGCCCUUCCGAAAAGGGCACAGUAAUUACAGACCUACCCGAUACACAGAAACACACACAUCUAAAAUCAACACUAGAAAACUCGACCAAACACGUAACCAAGUCAGGUAGACGUGUCCGCUUUCCGGACCGGCUACAAGGAGGAUUUUCGUAA